UAAGUUGGAAACUUUGAAUUGCGAGCCAAAGUUUGUUACGUGGACAUUUUACAUGAGAGAGUGUUGGAAAGUGCUGGAGAAAGGCGAGUGCAGCUAGCAUUCCUCUUAUCGCAGUGUGUACUGGAACAAUUUGACGGGCGGAAAGAUCUAACACUCUGUUUCCCACUUGCCAUCCCUGGAAUGUUUUUCUUCAUAGUAUUCUUCGCCUGUUUGGCUCCUUCGCCGGUUAAAUCUCAGAAUGCACUUCCCCAGAAAAUAAACGUCAUCAUUCUGGCCGGACAGAGCAACAUGGCCGGUCAGGGAGGGGUUUCCUACGACGCUGCAACCAACAAUAUCACAUGGGACGGCGUGGUUCCUGAACAGUGCCAGCCAAACCCAUCCAUCUUGCGGCUCAGCGUCAACCUUACAUGGGUUGAAGCCCGCGAGCCGCUCCAUGCUGACAUUGAUGCGACCAAAGUAAACGGCAUCGGCCCUGGAAUGCCGUUUGCUAACGAGGUAUUGACCCGGGACCCGAGUUUCGGAACGGUUGGAUUGGUACCUUGUGCAAUUGGAGGGACUAACAUAAGCCAGUGGCAGAAAGGGGAGUCUUUGUACCAGCAACUGAUGAGGAGGGCGACGACGGCGGUGCAAGGCGGGGGCGUUUAUGCCGCCAUGCUUUGGUAUCAAGGGGAAAGUGAUACAUGGAUUAAAGAGGAAGCUGAAUUAUAUAAAGGCAGAUUGACAAAGUUCUUCACAGAUUUCCGUUCUGAUCUGCAGGCACCUAGUCUUCCAAUAUUUCAGGUAGCUUUAGCAUCAGGGGAAGGGCCAUAUGUGGAGAUAGUGAGGGAAGCUCAGUUGGGAUUAAACCUUUCAAACGUGCAAUGCGUGGACGCCAAGGGUUUGCCACUACUUGAACCAGACAGACUGCACCUGACCUCUACGGCCCAGGUGACACUAGGGCAGAAGUUGGCUGAUGCAUUCCUUCGGUAUAAUCAAUCCAACAUUAAUUUAAGCAGCAACAAUGCUUCAACAAAAUCUUUUUCCUGUUUCCUUUUCUGUUUGUUGAUUGUGCUGUGGAUGAACCUUGUCUACAAAUCUUAAUUUAGCAAGUUAUCCUCAAAUUUAGGAGCAGUAGAUAAGAAUAAUACAAGAAGAUUCAGCAACAAUGAAGCAUGCUGCAGGAUCUAGAAUUUUUAUGUUGUGGAGAUAAAUUCAUUAAAAAAUUAUGUGUUAUAUAUAUGUAUAUAUAUUUUGGCGCUUAUAUAAUGUUUACAUUUAUUCAUUCCAAUCAUGCUGUAUGACUUGGAACUGGCUAUAACCUUAAUGACCAAAAGAAAUAGCUUAUUACUAG